GUGCAUUCGUAGGCCCAAGUCCCCCUUGCAACUUUCUUUUUGAAUCGCUAGACUGGGGCGGUAUGCCAUCCGAGUUGCCUUCUGAUGAUGACCCGGAACAAGAUGCGCGUUUUCUAGCUCUCCCUUCUGAUGUGGAAUCAGAUGGGGAACGGGAACUGAUGGGCAAGCUGGCUCGACCAAGACGAGGGCAUGGAGCUUCCAAGGCAAAGCCCAAGGGUUCGCCCAAGAAGAAGGAUUCCACCAAGAGGAAGGAGAAGGCCCUCAAAGCAACUGGCCAGGCCCGGAAGAGGAAGGAUGAUGACUUGCCUCCAGAUCGAACACCAUGGUAUCCAAAACAUUUUGGUGAGGCCAAGCAUCAUGCACACGAUGCUGUUUUGGAGGUUUUUUCACCACCUCGAUUGGUCCCAGUUGCUACGGAAAUGGGCCUCAAGGCGCAGAUCAGCUUGGACCUGACCAGCGGAUGGGAUUGCAACAAUGCAAUGGACCGGAAGAAGGGCAAAGACUUGAUCAGCAAACACAAGCCCCACCUGCUGCUGGUCAGCCCUCCUUGUACGUUCUUUUCCAUCAUGCAUCAAAACUGUUGUGCUGCCAAGAUGGACCUAGACAAAUUGGAGGCCCAAGGUGUGGAAGCGCGGGGCUUUUUGGACUAUAGUAUGGACCUUUGUGAGGAGCAGGUGAAAAGGGAUCGGAAGUUUCUCUUCGAGCAUCCUUCCGGUGCCAGCUCCUGGCAGGAAGAAAGCGUCACAAAGGUAGAGCAGCUUCCUGGCGUGAAGAUCUUCUCAUUUGCACAAUGCCGCUGGGGGCUCAGAGAUCCAGCUGGACGGCCGCUCCAGAAAUUGACCAAGUUCAUGACGAACUCAAUGGCAAUCAUGGAGGAGUUCGCCAAUCGGCAAUGCAUUUGCGAUCUUCGUGGUGAAGAACAUGCCACUAUCCAAGGCACAUGCAGAGGGGAGAAGGUUUCCAAAUGGGCUCAGGUAUACCCUCCGAUGAUGGUGAAGGCCAUUGUCCGAUGCAUCAAAGAAGAGCUGUGCUGA